AUGUCCGCAACAGACCAAGAAAUCACGGAUUUUGUUUUUGAAACACCCGCAGCCUCGGAAGAAAAUGAGGCCAAUGUAAAUACAAAUGAGAUAAGCAACGCUCCGGUGACUGCAAAAAACAUUCAAGCGCUUAAAGCGCAAAUAAUUGAAAUCGACCAGUUAUUUAAUUUAUUCGCACUGAAGGAAUCAGAGUUAUCGGAUGCAAGAGCUCAACUAGGUGUUCUUGGAGAAAGCUUAUUAAGUGAGUUAGCAGCGAACGCAAUCAAAGAUACGGAAAUAACACAGAAAAAUCAAGAGAUAACACAAAAAGAUCAAGAGAUAAUACAAAAAAAUCAAGAUAUCGCAUCUUUGCGUGCGGGUUUAACAAAAUUACGGGACCAGGUUUCAAUUCCCGUGCAGGAUUGUGAACGACUUCGAAAGGAAGUCAAAAGUCUGAAUAUUAAAUUGGAAGAAAAAGAGACGCGGUUGCAAGAACACGGAAAUAUAAUAGGAGAUGCGCAGCGAUUACGAAGUGAUAAUCAAAAUCUUAUGAGUCGCGUCAGAUCAUUAGAGGCAUUGAAAUCGCAGCUGGAGUUUAAAAUACAAGAGAACGAAAAUAAUGCCUCAAAUAAUGAUCAAAUCAAAAAAGAGCAUCAAAAAUUAAAAAAGGACCUUGCAAAGAAGGAAGACAAGUGCAAUAAAUCCAAUGCGGAAAAAUUAGCACUUGAAGAACGGAUAAAGCAGAUCGAGGCUGAAAAAAAUCUACUCGAAGAGAGGGUGAAAGAUCUCGAAAGUGAAAUCGAAAAGAGACAAGAUGAAGAUUUAGAGCGAGAACUGAACCAAGGUCUAGGGCAAGAAUGUCUCGCGGAAAAGGAUAGUAAAAUAGCGGAACUUGAUGAAGAAUUGGGAGUAUUACGUAACGAGGCAAAAAUGUUCGAUCAAAUACGAAGCGAGUGCGAAAAACUUCGACGUGAGAAUCAGCAAUUAAAGAUCUCGGAAAAAUCUCAAACCCAAGAAGCUGAUCAGCAGAACGAAAUACUAAAGUUAAAAAGAGAACUUGCCGAGUUAAAGAACGUUCGACAAAAUAAUCAUGAUAUUGAGCAACAACUAAAGACGUCAAAUGACGAGAUCGAAAAAUUACGUCAGAUACUUCGAGAUAAGCCAAAAGAAACUUUGAACAUUCAUCCUGAUAUCUCAAACCAAUUUUCAUUGGUUAUGCAAGAAUUAAAUGCUUCGAAAAAAAACAUUGAAAACUUGGAAAAAGUAAAGAUAGCCUUACAAGACUUGGUAACAACACAACAAAUCCAAAUAAUGGAUCUUCGCAACUCAAAACAAGCUGUCAUUUCAACGGUCUCCUCAAGCGCAAUACAAGAAACCCCCAAUAAAGAUCCGUUGACUCCUACAUAUUCCAAUUCUGAUCUUAUUGAUCCUACACAUCCUAAUUCUGGUCUUAUUGAUACAGUCCUUCCUACACAUUCUAAAUCUGGUCUUAUUGAUCCAAUCCCUCCUACACAUUCUAAUCCUGGUCUUAUUGAUCCUACACAUCCUAAUCCUGGUCUUAUUGAUCCAGUCCUUCCUACACAUUCUAAUUCUGGUCUUAUUGAUCCAAUCCCUCCUACACAUUCUAAUCCUGGUCUUAUUGAUCCAGUCCUUCCUACACAUUCUAAUCCUGGUCUUAUUGAUGCCGUCCCUCCUAUACGUUCUAAUCCUGAUCUUAUUGAUCCAGUCCCUCCUACACAUUCUAAUCCUGGUCUUAUUGAUCCAGUCCUUCCUAUAUUAGAGGACACAAGGAAAAAACGUAAAAAUUUUGAACGCGAACUAGGUGACAACAAUGCAUUUGCUCUUACGAAGCCAGACCCUAAAAAGAGACGAGUGACCAGACAAAAAACAAUUCCCUCGAUAUCCAAUUCAACCGUAGGGCAGGAUCAACUUUCGUUUAUAGCAAAAAAACUCCAGGAUCUCGCUGGACAUUCUGAGAACGUCUUCAAUUCGAUAAAAUCCUUACGAUCUUUUGCUUUUGAAAAAGGUGAAACUCUUAUCCAAGCAAUCGAUCAAUACAUUAGAUUAUUGCGUACUCCACACAACUUGAAACCGAUCGGUGAAGUGGAUCAGGUAAAAAAUAUUGUUGACUUAAAAGGGCGGAGUAUACCAAUGCCGGUGGUUUUGCCGAAACGUGAAGCUGAUUUCGUCCUGUUUCUUUGGUUCAUGUCUCGGGAGUUUCCAGAUAGUAAUAUAAUCGAAAAAAUUAUGGAAUACGCAUUUAAGCAAAUCGUUUUAUCGAAAAAUAAAUCAAACGAUAUGGGCAUAGGAUGCCGACUUUGUCGAAUUUUUGUGGCACUUUGUCGCAUUUCGCGUGAUAUACAUCGACCAAGAACUUUGUGUUUCGAUCUUAUGCGAGAAAUACAUAAAUUCGAUUACGUGGUAAAAAUAGUAGAGAAUAUUGCAAAGAUAUGGCCACAAGUUCUACAUAAUGACGUAUCAUCCAACUCGCAAGAAAAUGUAACCAUUUUGGGUACAAUGGAAUCGAUUAUUGCACAGAAUAUUAAAGAUUCGAGUCUAUACUCCACUUUCGUGAGAUACUGUUCAUGGAACCAGCUCAGCAACAUUCCAUCCCUUCAAGACAGACUUCAAGCAUUAUCCGAUCUUAUUCAAUCACCCGAAUUUCAAGUCAAAUGCAGAGCAGAAGCGGAUAAUGGUCAAUUUCAAGAGUAUCGCUAUAAUCUUAUUAAAUCUUUUGAAUUGAUCGCGUGUUGGAGCCCGUGGCCCGAAUUUUACGAAAAAGUUGUUUGUGGUGUCUUACUUCCUUUGGUGGGUAAUGAAGAUCUCGCAGGUGUUCCGAUCGAAAUAAUAGGCGAGGUAUGCCGAAAAGGAAUAUUGGAUGUUAAAAAGAAGAAAGAAGUAUCGGAAAUGGUCGCUCGUCUUUGUCAAAAUCUUGCACCUCAAAACGAAGCUUCGUUAAUACAAAAAGCUCGCUUUGCAAGUGUCAUACUUAAUCUCGCAGAAGGUGAUCUCGAAUUUGUUGAUGCCGUCUUCCGGUGGCACUCUUCGUUGGAAGUACAAAACGAAUUGCCAAGUGUGUUUGUCGAGCAAUUGAAAGUUUUGCGGUCCGUAACUUCAAACUAA